UGCUAUCGGGAUGUUGAGAGCAUUCCAUGGAAUAUAACAAAAAGUGUAUCUCGAGCCGGUUACUGAUUAGGGGAGUGUUCAAUAUGACUUUAUAUCCUCCAUCACCCUCCUCCUUAUCAUAAGCUACAUCUUGCACCCCUCAGUGGGCCCGCCUGCGCCUCCUGUGCUUUAAACCCAUUAUUUCCCUCGGAGCUUUUUUUUCAGUCCAUAUUAACGCGGAAGUCGGUGACGCACCACUACACUCAGCUGCUCAGCGGGGGCAACGCAAUAAACAAAACGUCGUCAUUCGGAGCCAAACACAGCGGACAGCGUGGGCGAGGUGUCGCAGUUCAGACCAUCAUGCCCUUUGCUCUAGCAGCAGCACCGGAAGUGUGUGUGUGAGCGACCCUGGCUGGCUCUGCUGGGAUGAACAUGCCACUGCACCAAAUCUCUGUCAUCCCCCGUGAUGUCACCUCAUCGCGGGUGUCCGGCAGUGGGAAGGCUAAGGACAAGGACAAGGACAAGCAGAAUGAGAAGCCCCUGGGGCAUUCUGCAAGCCGGUCCAGCAAUAUAUCAAAGGCAGGGAGCCCGACUUCAGUCAACGCUCCAUGCAGUUUCUCGAGGACAUCAGUUUCCCCCUCCAGCCAGGACAUCUGCAGCAGCAGUCAGGAUCAGGACUGUCAGAAGCACACUGCAGUGGUUCUGUUGAACUCAAACGGUAAAAGCUAUCAUGGUUCAGAAGGUAUUUCCGUGGCCACCCUCUGCACGGACGCCCUACCAGCCUCCAAACAGGCCAAACAACGAGACUGGCUCUCCCUGCUCCGCCCAUCCUCCGCAAACCUCCGCCCAAGCGGCUCGCUCAAGUUUUCUAUGUCUCUGAAUGACGUGGGCCAACGUGUGGACAGUCUUUGUCGCGGCCUCCACUUCAUAGACCGAACCUGCUCCGAGGGGGAGCUGGAGACCAAGCCAGAGCCUGCCAUGCCACCAGGCGCGGAGCGAAGGGCGCACACACUCAACGGCAAGCUGGCUGCAGCCCCCACACACCAGAACCCCCACCCCCACCUCAUCCCCUCCUUUACAAACAACUACAAAUACAUGUUGGGCGUCCCUCCCAUCAACUGUCCCCUACCUGACCCGGUCACCAUCGCCCCUCCUCCUCCUCCUCCUACUCUUUCCAACAACCACCUCCACCCUCAUCACUCCCCGAGCGCCAACUUCCUGCGUCUCCUUCUUCCCUUCUCUCGAUCCUCCACCUCGGCCAGCCUGCACUGCUCCGAGCUGGGCAGCAACGACUCCCACAUCCACUUCAAGUCCUCCCCGCUGGAAGGCAGUGAGUUAGGGUUCCACGUGGAGGAUCUGCUGGGGGAUGACGAUGUGUUUGAGGAGGACCGGAACAGCCUAGCUACAAGGGGAACAUGCCAGCUGGGCGCCCCAUUAACAGUCACCGUGGAUGGGUCAGGUUCUCUUCUAGCCCCCCUGUGUUUUAUGGACCCAGACAGCGACUUGGACUGCUGCUCGUCCCCCUUGUCAGAGAAAAAUGGGCCACUGUCACCGUAUUCGCUUUCUGGAGACUGGUGCAGGAUUUGUCACUGUGAAGGUGACGAGGAGAGUCCUCUGAUCACACCAUGCCACUGCACGGGGAGCCUGCGCUUCGUCCACCAGUCCUGCCUGCAGCAGUGGAUCAAGAGCUCCGACACGCGCUGCUGUGAGCUCUGUAAAUAUGAGUUCAUCAUGGAGACCAAGCUCAAACCGCUGCGCAAGUGGGAGAAGCUACAGAUGACGGCGAGCGAGAGGAGGAAGAUAAUGUGCUCCGUCACCUUCCACGUCAUCGCCAUCACCUGCGUGGUGUGGUCGCUCUACGUGCUCAUCGACAGAACAGCGGAGGAAAUCAAACUAGGGAUCCUGGAAUGGCCUUUCUGGACCAAGCUGGUGGUGGUGGCCAUCGGCUUCACGGGGGGGCUGGUGUUCAUGUACGUCCAGUGCAAAGUCUACAUCCAUCUAUGGAGGAGACUCAAGGCGUACAACCGGGUCAUCUACGUGCAGAACCGCCCCGACAUGUGUAAAAAGCUGGCGCUGGAGAAGCCCCCCCUCAUGGAGCCCAGUCUGGAGAGCAAGGAGGCUCUGGCUCCCACCCAGUCGGACACAAACUCGUCCCAGUACACAGAGACAGAGGACUACAGUAUGGAGGUGCUCCACGUCUGACCACUGCUACACCACACACACAAACAGGCCCGCAGUGAAGAGCAGCAUCGUAGAAAUGCUCGGCUUCUGAGGAACGACCACACACUCCCCUUCCUCUGACCCCAGACUGACCUCCUGUCCUAUUCUGGUCAUCUUAUAUUCCUAAAACUCCAUCAAUAAAGAAGGCUAGACCACAUCUGUCUUCUUCUGUUCACAUUCCUCCGCUCAGACUUUAUCCCUCCCUCCUCCUUCACCAUAAAUCUACACUCCCACCUGUCUCCUUUCCCAGGACUGAACUGGUUUUACUGACUUCUGUAAAUGUAUGAAAAGGCCUGGAGCAUAUAACUCUCACUACACACACACACACACACACACACACACACACACACACACACACACACACACACACACACACACACACACACACACACACACACACACACACACACACACACACACACACACACACACACACACACACACACUUGCAUGUAGACCUCUGUGCGAGCAGGACUGAGACAAAGAGACUCACAAACGGCUCAUGAGGUCUACACGUCUCUGAUGCGUGGUUUUCUUCGUGGGUUUGUUGGAUUUGUUCGUUUUUACCUCCCGUGAGUGUUGGGCUAACCUCCCGUGGAUCAGUAUGUAGCGCCACGCAUCGGAUCUCUGGAACUUUCCAGCUACUGCCAUCUGUGUCGCUGUGGUCUGUCGGCUCCGAGCAGGCCUUGAUCUGGACAUGCAUCGAAGCACUUUUGUUUUUUUUUUAGUUCCCAAAACAAACCCCCUCCUUUCUUCUCGCUCUUUUCUGUCUUUGAUAUGAAUUAAGUCUUACUGUAUAUGUUGUACAUGGGGGAUAGCACAUUCAAACUCCUGUUUUAUUUAACAUUUCCUCAUACACACAUACAGUAUACAUGUAUAUUAACCCUCCCAUGGAUGACAAAAAAGGAAUUGGGGGUUGAGUGUUUUAGUCAAAAUAGACAAUAUGAGUUAUGAGUCAGGCUCAAAGCUCUAAUGCAGAUAAUGGAAAAUCCAGCCACAUCACUUCUUUACCCCAACACAACUUUCUGAAGGCUUUGAGAAUGUAAACUUUUUUUUAAAUGAUAAAAAAGAAAUGUAUAAAAAGAAAAAUAACAUUUUCUACUGGUCACAGGAAAUUGUGAAAUAAUUUCCAUGUCUUGGGAACAUUACUAAAGCCUUUGGGCAUAAACAGGGCCGCUCAUGUUUUUCUAUCAUGCGGUUGACACAAUAUUUACAGUGUGAUAUUCCAUGUGCAGUUUUUAGUAUGUUCAUUUGUUUGCUUAGUCACGGGAUGUGCCCUGAGAAAUCUGAAGCUGCCUAUUUUCAGUCUGUCCUCACAUCGCUCCCACAGUGCAUCCAUUGUUCCCAAAUAGAUAGAUUUGAUUCAAAAACUGACUCUAACUGUGAGGAGCUUUCAUGACUUACAUAUUUACAAUGAAUUCCUCCAGUUAUGUUCACACUCCUGCACAGAGCUUGUGUUGUGACGUAAAGCAGCAUUAGCAUUCAUCUCAGACAGCAGGAGUUUCAGUUUCAGCUAAAGUGUCUUCUUUCUUCUUGCCAGACUAAUCACAUGGUGGAGUGACCAUUUUAGCCAGCAUGUCGCCUCCCCUUUUUUUGAGCGUUUGCCACAAAUCUGGCCUUAUGUUAUUCAAAUGAGACAAAUGUUUCCAACACAUUUUUUUCAUUUCUAAAAGGAAGCACAUGUUAAAUACUGUAAAUGCGUUAUUUCAGCAUCAAGAAGAUUGUUGCAUCAGUGUCGCAUAUUCGGUCGUUUCAUGAACAAACAAUGAGAUUUAUUUGGCAGUAAAAGCAAUGCCAUGCACUCACACAGGGUGCAUCGUCUCUCCUCAGUGAGCUGCAGCACCACCUGCUGGUGAGAGGCUGUACGUGCAGUCUGAGCUAGGCAGCAGAUGAUUUCUCUGGCCGAUGUGUUUUGGGUUUACACGCAUUGUAAGUGCUUUAGUGUAUGUGGGAGCACAGCGAUGCCAGGCUCAUGUUGAGCCUCACAGCCAUUCCAGCAACACACACACACUUUUAAAAAACUAUCUUUGAUACCAGUAUACUGUCUGUGAACAAUGAUGGUCCAACAACAUACGUGAUAAGUACUGCUCAUUAGCAGCAGCAAUAAAUGAAACCUGCGCUUCGUUUUUUGCAACAAUUCAUACUGUACUUGUGUAUUAUGCCCCACAGUGACUUGAGAUCUGGAGUCUAAUAUAAUUUUAAAUACAUAACAUGAGCCGAGGGAGUUGUUGUGUGUCAAGUUGGAUUAAGAUCUAGUAACGAGAAGCUUCUCUGAAACUUCGAUCCCCGCGAGGCUCAGUGCAAUUAGACAGAUAAAAAGUGCAAUUACCCUUUUGUUGAUAUUCUAUUCUAUAGUUAUGUAAUGGUGUUUAAUGUCCAGGUUGUCCUCUGGGUAUGAAAUGAUUAUUUCUUCAUUUUGUGUUGUAUUUAUUUUGAAAAGAAAACAGAGUACAAUUUGUUCAUUAAAAAAAGAAUUCAUUAGUAAUUUUAUGCAACUUACACUAACAGUUUUUUCCCAGAACAUCACUUUCACUCCUUGUUAUUCACUUAUAAGCUUAAAAAACAUAAGAAAGAUUAAAAAGCUUGGUUGCUCCACCUUAAUGUGGAUUGCUUGAUGAAAUUAUUUUAAUUAUGCAGAAAAUAAUCAUUAAAAUGCAGUGCAAAUUUUAAAGUUUCCUGUAUUGCAUGAAACAACAUGGAAUAUCUACUUUCCCUGAGAUGGAAGAUUAAUGAAGGAUGUAGAUUGUGCUUCUUUUUUUUUUUUUUUUUACUUUCUACUCAUAGGAGCUGGCUCCUUACAUGAAGUCUGAGACGGACGUUUUGAGGCCACUUUAGGACACUUUAACAUCGGGCAUCUAAAAUCUGCUUUUUAUUUCUUUGUGUCUACAACCAUGAACGGAUUUCUUUAUUUUAUAAUCCUUUUGAGCAGCACAUGGACUGAGGAUGAAAGAUACUUCCUCAGCCUCACUGUACCGGCAAGGUUUCAGUAUUUCUGUCAAAAUGUACCUUACAUCUCCUAAUGUCUGGGAAUAGUGUAACUUGCAUAAAGCCACAUUUGUUUACUACUGACUGGACUUGAACAUAUGACUGUUCCCCUGUCUUAUAUCAUUCCACAAGUUUGUCUGUGAAUUUACUUUGGAAUAGUAACUGUAAAGGAUUUGGUAAAAGUACUUAUGUUUUUAAAAGAAAUAUUGAUGUGUUUUCAGUUUAAUUUCCCAUUAUUGAACAAAGUAUGUAGAAUUAAAAAGAACAACCAAAUAAAAAUUAAGUUACUUUUAA